AGUCUCGGCCUCCCAAAGUGCUGGGAUUACAGGUGUGAGUCACUGCAUUCAGCCCAUCAUAUAUUUAUUAACCAUAGAUACCUACCAGUCCCCCUUCCCCCCACCUUUUUUUUUUUUUUGGAGACCGAGUCUCACUCUGUUUCCCAGACUGGAGUGCAGUGGCGUGAUCUCCGCUCACUGCAACCUCCACCUGCCGGGUUCAAGCAAUUCUCAUGCCUCAGCCUCCCGAAUAGCUGGGACUACAGGUGUGAGCCACCACGCCUGUCUAAUUUUUGUAUUUUUAGUAGAGACGGGGUUUCACCAUGUUGGCCAGGCUGGUCUUGAACUCCUGACCUCAAGUAAUCCACCCGCCUUGGCCUCCCAAAAUGCCGGGAUUACAGGCAAGAGCCACCAUGCCCGGCCCUACCAGUUCCUUUUUAAGACCAAAAAGUUUUGAAUUGUGACAGCAUCACUGUAAUAAGUAGACAGCUUCUCCCAUGAUUACAGACAAUACCAUUCAAAAGUUCUGAAAUGUUUGCUUAAAAACAAUGGUAUACCUCCUCAAAAGAGAUUACCCUCUAGGUUUUAACAAUGAAGGUUAAAAAACCAGCUCUGCAUUGCCUGUGAUAGCUGGUAAAUGCCAUGGGUGUGGAGAACCCCAUCUUGCACAUAUUGGUCAAGAGGGAUGUGUGUUGAAAAUGUUGGGUACUGGCUGGGCAUGGUGGCUCACGGCUGUAAUCCCAGCACUUUGGGAGGCUGAGGCGGGCGGAUCACCAGGUCAGGAGAUCAAGACCAUCCUGGCUAACACGGCGAAACCCCAUUUCUCCUAAAAGUACAAAAAAUUAGCUGGGCGUGGUGGCGGGUGCCUGUAGUCCCAGCUACUUGGGAGGUUGAGGCAGGAGAAUGGCAUGAAUCCAGGAGGCGGAGCUUGCAGUGAGCCGAGAUGGUGCCACUGCACUUCAGCCUGGGCGACAGAGCGAGAGACUGUCUCAAAAAAAAAGAAAAUGUUGGGUACUGAGAAAUUAAGGUGAAUUCAGUAUAGGCUGGGGGCACAGGAUAAGAAUAGUAGCUAAUAUAGUACUUACCUGGUGUUUUACUGUGUACUGGACACUGUUUGAAGCACCUUACACAUAUAACCUCGUUCAGUCCUCAUUAUCCACAUUUUUUUAUAGGAAACCAAGGCCCACAUAAAUUAACUUGCUCAAAGUGUCACAACUAGUAAGAGGUGGAAGCUAGGAUCUGAACUCAAGCCAGCUGGCUCUAGACUGUGUUAUUACCCUCCACAACAGAACCUGGGCUGCAGGUCCAGGAGAGGAGGGUGAGAAGGCAGCUGUGUGUGGGUGUGGCACCAUGAGGGGAAUGUGGGUUGUGAGUACCAUGUCCUGUUUACCAGUGGGAGAAGUCAGACCCCUGAGUCAGAACUUAUGCUGGGGAGCUUUACUGGGGCCAUCACGAUGUGUGGGUGUCCAGGCCUCCGGAAGGAAAGGAUUCCCAGCAUUCCUAAAGCCAUGGUCCUGGAAUCUAGGCCCCUCCUUAGGCUGAGAUACCAGCUGAGAGUUAAGCAGUUUGGGGAGAAUGAAGUUUAGGAAGCCAGCCUUACAAGCAACACCGAGAGGUCAUCUAUAAUGAGAAUUGAGGGCAAAAUCGAGUCAAAGGACCCGGGACCAAAGGUUGGGCAGAAUGGGCAGUGUUUGGAAACUGAGUGGGAUUGUGAAACUCACUGCGAGCAACUGAAUAGGCCGAGGGGGCUUUAGAGACCUGUGCCAAUGAUUGACGGCUGAGGCGCAGGGAGGGACCCGGGGAUUUGCACAUGGUAGAAUUAAGGAGCGCUGGCGUUGCGUUGGGGGAAGAAGGAAAGCCCCACCCCGCUCCCCGGCAGUGGGGAGGAAGGGAGGAAUGGGUGCCUCGGCCCCCACGGCUCCGGUCCUGGCACGGCCUGGGCCGCCUCCCCGACUCCAUCAUCGCUGUCAUGCCCGGCCUCAAGCCUCCACCGCCCCCACACGUGCCGCCACGGGGAGCGGCCCGAUCAAGGCGUGACGCUUCGAAGGGUGGGGCCUCACUUAUUCCCCUAUUUAAAGGGGAAAGAGGCCGCGGCGCCGGCCCCAGGACCCGACCCGGGCCUCAGAAGAGUCAGUUCGUUCUGUUCACCGAGCCGGCCGCGUUAGCGACGCCCUCGAGUUCGCGGCGGGCACGAUGCAGCUCUUGGUGAGGGUGCCCUCUCUUCCGGAGCGGGGCGAGCUGGACUGCAACAUCUGCUACCGUCCUUUCAACCUCGGGGGCCGCGCGCCCCGCCGCCUGCCCGGGACGGCGCGCGCCCGCUGCGGCCACACGCUCUGCACCGCCUGCCUCCGCGAGCUGGCAGCGCGCGGGGACGGCAGCGGGACGGCCGCGCGCGUGGUGCGCCUGCGCCGCGUGGUCACGUGCCCCUUCUGCCGCGCGCCCUCGCCGCUCCCGCGCGGCGGCGUCACGGAGAUCGCUCUUGACUCGGACUUGUGGUCGCGAUUGGAGGAAAAAGCGCGGGCCAAGUGCGAACGAGAUGAGGCGGGGAACCCGGCCGAGGAAAGCAGCCACGCUGACGGAGAGGCCGAGGAGGAAGGGGAGAGCGAGAAGGGGGCGGGGCCUAGGAGCGCUGGGUGGCGCGCGUUCCGGCGGCUCUGGAACAGGGUCCUGGCGCCCGCGCGGCGCUGGCGGCGUCCGCUGCCUAGCAACGUGCUCUACUGUCCGGAGAUCAAGGACAUUGCCCACCUGACCCGUUGAACGUUGUAACCGAGGAACUCGGAAGCCACAGCCGAAGGAAGGUGGGAGCUGCAGCCUCGCGGGGGCUGAUAUCAAGACUACUGUGUCUCAGAUCCCAGGAUUGACAUGUGAUAAGAGAGAUGAGCCGAGGGCAGGAGGGAACGCCCUGGGAGGUGUUGAUGAUGAGUUGGGGAGGCUCCUAGACGAACUCGCCCCCAUCUACUGACUGUGCCAGUCUUACAUUUUCAGGAUGGAGUGGCCAAGGGAUGAUAUAAACAAAGCCUACGUUACUGUGGGAAGAAGACAGACUGUUUUCUUAGCUGGGACUUUGGCUUUUGUCCAGGGUGGCUCUGGUGUGUGGGAGCAACAGGUCCCGUUUUAGCAAUUCUUUGUCAAUGGUUUGAAUUUUUUUUUUUUAAGAUGGGAUGGGAGAGAAGAGGCUAAUUUUCGCGUCAUGUUAAUCUCACUUCUCUGGCAUGUAAGGGUGCUGGUAUGCCUGCUGUCUCUCCACUCCCAGUUCUGUGUUCCAAAAAUUGAGAUGGCUCCCUGCCUAUGACUAUGAUGAGGAGCCUUGCUUCAUUUCAGAAUCUACCUUCAGCCUGCUAGGGCAGGUAUCAGAAAUUCCAAAGGGCAUUUAUAUGAGGCACCUAAUUAGAGCCUAUCAAAGUAGGAAAGGAGAGCCAUUUGAAAGGCAUCAUAUUUCAAACUUUUGCUAUUAUCUGUGUUAUCUUUACAGUCACAGGGAACACUGGCGCUACUGAAAAGAUACUUAUACAAUUUUAAGUGUCUUUAAAAUUUGUGUCCCAUAAUGGGACAUCACCUAUUGUAUAUAUGCCAUGUAUUCUAUUUUAGAAUCCUGUAAGUAUCUUAUGACCAUAUAGUCAUAGUCAAGGACCAGCAGCGUUGGUAUGCUGUCGAUGGAAGCGCACAAUCUCACUCCAGGAUCCCACUCCAGACUUCCUGAAUCAGACUCUGCAGGGUUGUUGUUUUUGUUUUUGUUUUUGAGACAGUCUCACUCUGUCGCCCAGGCUGGAGUGCAGUGGCGCAAUCUCACCUUACUGCAGCCUCUACCUCCCAGAUUCAAGCGAUUCUCCUGCCUCACCCGCCGGAGUAGCUGGGAUUACAGGCUCCUGCCACCACACCUGGCUAAUUUUUGUAGUUUUAGUAGAGAUGGGGUUUUGCCGUGUUGGUCAGGCUGGUCUCAAACUCCUGACCUCAGGUGAUGCGCCCACCUCGGCCUCCCAAAGUGCUGGGAUUAUAGGAGUGAGUCACCGCGCCUGGCCAGACUCUGGCAUUUUAACAAUCCCAGGUGAUUUGUGUGCAUGUGAAAAUGUAAGUAUCAUUGGUCUAGAUCCUAGACUCUUUAAGAUAUCACCAUCUGUAGGUAGAAUAUUUAAAACAUAAUAAGUAUGACUGAUAGAUUAUUUUAUCCAAAGUUCUAAAGUAACAUUCUAUUGCUAAAGAAAUCCUAACCUACUAUGUUACAUUUUUCUCUUAAAAAUGUGAACUUAUUAAGUAUUAACCUCAAUUUUUAGGGGUCUCCAACCUUUUUAAAAUAUUUUUGAUUGACAAAUCAUAUACACUUAUGGUUUAUAAACCUCAAUUUUUGUAACCCUAUUUUGGCAUUUUCCUGUCCUUACGUCUCAGCUUAAAUGCUCCCUCUUCUGGGAGGCCGCCUUCUGCCUUCAGCAUAGUAGAGCCUUUUCCCCACCCCUCUGUAACAUAAUGCCCUGUUUUAUUUUUACUGCUUUUAUUUUCAUGCUUUGUGGGUGUCCUCACUGGAGUGUAAGCCCCAUGGUAGGAAGGGCUGACCUGUGACUGUUUUAUCUCCAGGGCCAACAGCAGUGUUACUGUAUAAUAUGUACUCAAUAAAUAUUUGUUGGCUUUAUAUCUUAUUUUUUUAAUAUAAUAGCCUUGUGAACUAAA